AUGUCAAUGCGUUUACAAAAGUGGAAUAUAGCAAUGGGAGCUUAUGAUUUUAAAAUAAUUCUUAGAGCAGGUAAAUAUAAUACAGUUCCUGACUGUCUAUCAAGAUUACCACUCAGUGUAGAUAAGGAAACUAUUGAUAAUAUAAGCACGGACAACACAAAAAACAACUUAUGGGAUAUUCCGAUUAAUUUUAAUAAAGUAUUAGAGGAAACAUAUAAAGACAAAGAAAUAUUAGAUAUUAUUAACGACAUAAGGAAAGGUGAUGAAAACAAAAUUGUGAUUCCUGCAGGCAUGAGAAAAACUAUGUUGAAGGAAUUAAACAUCGGAAACUUAGGCGCUGGAAAGACCAAAGCAUUAGCUAAGGAUUAUAUGUAUUGGCCAGUCAAAUCUAUCACAACAGACAUCACUUUAAAAGAACUUAUGAAAACAAUCAGUAUAUUUGGAAUACCGGAAGAAAUAGUAACGGAUAACGGUACUAACUUUACGAGUCACUCGUUCGAUAUAUUUUGCAAAGAUCACGGAAUCAAACACACCCUAACCGCCGCUUACCAUCAGCAGUCUAACGGUCAGAUUAAUACAGUAAACAUAGAAGGAGUUCAUGAAUUUAAAAGUGAUAAAGCAGAAAACAAAGAUUUUGACUUGUUAAACAUAAGCGUAAAUAACAUGACCGAAGAUUUUAAUGAUAAUGACAACAACAUUACGUGUUUGUGA